AUGCUCACGAGGCGAAAGACGCGGCAGCCGCAGCCUUUCAAGGCCGGGAGAGAUCAGAACAGAGUGAGGGCAGACGGAAGCGAAGCUAGAGACGUGGAUGACGUAUCAAGUGAACGCUCGACUCCAAGGAAGCGAAAGAGCCCGACACCUCCUCUUGAAGUGAAGAUAGGGCAGGCAAAGUUCCAUGUUCACGACGUCGUGUGGGCGAAGAUAAAGGGUAGCGGCCCAUGGCCCGCAAAGAUCGUGAAGUUGGAAGACGAGCAGGCGGAGGUUCAACUCUUCAAAGGCUCGACAGAAAUUUUUGCAGUGAACGACCUGACUGCCUUCGGAGAGAAAGAAACUCUCAAGUUUCCGAGCAAGAAGACACAGAAAUUUGUUAGCGCAGUCAAGGAAGCAGAGGAAGCGAUGACUGCGGUCGAGGGCAUCAAAGAAAAUCUGGAGGAGGCAGGAGAUUCUCAUGAAGGGGAGGAGGAUGAGUCGCAUAUGAGCGAGUACGAGAGGAUGAGGCGGGCCAACAUGGACCGCAACAAGAGCAUCCUGCAGACUCUGCAGAUCCCAGACGUGAGCAUCUUCAAGCCUGUCGAGUCGAGCUCGACCGGUCGGUUGGCGCGUGUUCGAGGGCUGAAGAGCAACAGAGCAACCGAGGUUGUUCCUCCUCGUGAAAGGUCUCUGAGGCUGCAAGGAAAGAAUCCUGACGGUGAGAGCAUGGGACUGCCGGCUGAUUGGAGGGAACCGACGAGGUUAAGACCUGUGAUGUUUGAUCCGCAAGAGCAGCAGGAGAGACAGGAAGGCGACAUCGCCGUGAGCAAGUGUAAGAUCAAACCUAGAAAUUCUACGGAGGAGGAGGCAGAGGAGGAUCUGCAGAAGACACUUGCUGUGCUCGAGAGGAUGAAGACGCUGUCUAUGCCGGCCGAAGAGUCGAGGGAGGGAGGAGAGGAGAAGCUGUCGCAGGACCAGUACCUUGCUGGCCUCCUUUCACUCUCAGUGGCCGAGAAGGAUAUGGCCAAGGUUGUUCCUGAGAAGAUUUCCUCCAUGGCAAUCCAUCCUGACGAGGCGAAUGUGAUCGUGGCGUGUGGAGACAAGAGGGGCAAUAUCGGGAUCUUCACCCCCGAUUGGUCGACAGGAGACGACUGCGUGUCGUCGUUCCGGGUGCAUUCAUCCGCUGUUAAGUGGUUACAGUUCAAUAGUGCUGACUCGUGCUUGUACUCCGCUUCCUACGAGAACAUCAUCAGGCGGUUCGACCUUGCGCACAUGUCCUUCAUGGAAGUUCUCCGGUUGGAGGAGGACGACGACGCUUUCAUAGCCUGUGCUGCCUUCCGGCAUGACCGCCACAGCAUCGUGUGCGGGAUGGGUGGAGGGAGUGUGAUGCUAUUCGACAGUAGGAAGCCGUCAGAGAAGAAAUUUCAACUUCACAACAAGACCGUCCGUUCUGUCGCCAUCCACCCUGGCAACGAUUUCCUGCUCAUGACGUCGUCCGUAGACUGCUCAAUGAAGUUGUGGGAUGUAAGGAAGCUGACUGGAAAGCAGCACUUGAUGAACUUGACUCAUGGAGCUGGAGUCGUCUCUGCCACGUUCAGCAGGAGCGGCAAGUUUGCUGCUUCCCUGUCUUGGGACAACACGAUCCGCAUCAUCGACCCGCAGACCUUCAACGAGCUGCACUCAAUGCAACAUAACAACCAGACUGGACGAUGGCUGUCGACGUUUGGCUGCUCCUUCGACCCCCUCCACGAGAAUUUCUUCAUCACCGGCUCCAUGGCAAACCCUCGCGUGCUCGACGUGUUCGACGCCUCACGAGGGAAGAAGAUUCGACAGCUGAAGCAUGAGGUUUGGAGAGUGAGAGCUGAGCAGAACUAUGUGAGCAUCACGUCUAUCAACGUCUUCCAUCCUGCUCGGAGAGUCAUUGCAGCAGGAAAUUCGAGUGGGAAGGUCUUUGUGUGGAGAGAGGAGCAGACGGAGUGA